AUGCUAAAGCGCCUCUUCCCGCCGCAUAGAGCCAAAAGAAAGCCCCGCCGUCUAACUCUUUCCCCAAUCGGGACAGGUUUGCCCCUCGCCGCCAUGGAUCUGAAUCCCUUCAGGUUAUGCUCUGGUCUAAGGUUCCUCGGCUACUUGAUAGUCCUCGUCGUAGUGGGUUUAGUUGCGGUCUCGUACGACGCCGUCAUCGUUCUCACCUGCGGCCCGCACCUCCUCGACGGCGGCUUCAGAUCGUUUUUCUAUUUUCUUAUUGCGGCUCUCUUCCACGUUUUGCUUAUAUUAUUGUCAUGGAGCUACUUUAUGGUUGUCUUUAUGGAUCCUGGAUCUGUUCCUGAAAACUGGAAACACAUAUCACCAGAACAGGAUGUUGAGAAAGAGAUUUUUUUGUCCAAUUCCUCAGUUCCAGAGAAUAAUUCAGCCACGCCAUCGUCCUCAGCAGGAAUAGAAAAAAUGCCCACAAUUGCAUAUUGCAAUCACUGUAAAAACGGGAAGCCUCCUCGGUGUCAUCAUUGCUCUGUAUGCCAACGAUGUGUUCUUAAGAUGGACCACCAUUGCAUAUGGGUGGUAAACUGUGUUGGUGCCCGUAACUACAAAUUUUUCCUCCUAUUUGUGCUUUAUACUUUUGUGGAGACUGUAUUGGACACCCUUGUGCUGCUCCCUGGUUUCAUAAAAUUCUUUCGACAAGCUAACCAUCAUUCCAGCUCAGCUGGCAGGCUGGCGAUCACAUUUUUGGCCUUUGUUUUGAAUCUAGCUUUUGCACUGAGCCUUCUCUGUUUCGUGGUUAUGCAUGUAUCCCUGGUGCUGAGCAACACAACUUCUGUGGAGGUUCAUGAGAAGAAAAAAGCUGUUCCUUGGAAGUAUGACUUAGGAUGGAGAAAGAACAUUGAACAGGUUUUUGGCACAAGAAAGGCGAUGUGGCUGGUUCCCUGGUUCUCGAAAGAAGACUUGGAGAAGGUGCCUGCUCUCCAUGGUCUAGAUUUCCCGACGCGCUCUGAUAUCAACAGUGUAUAG